CCGCCACCGAAGCUCCGCCGGGUCCGCGCUCGGCGGAGGCCUCGGUCUGAGCUCUGGGCGAGCGAGCACCCGCGGGACCGCAGGGCGGCCGCCCAGCGACUUUUGUUCUGCGCUCGCGGGUCGGGGCGCGUGGCUGGGGUCCCGGCGCAGCUGCGCUCGCAGCGCGGUAGGGUCGGGCGCGGCUGCGGUUGUCGGCCGGAGGUGGCCAGCAGGCGGGCUUGUUGCCGCUACGCCGUCCUUCCCGUCUAGGACGCAGAAGCGGAGCUUUGUUUUGCUCUUCGGUUCCUUUCUGGCUCGCUUUCCGCCGCGCACCCGCCCCUGCGACCAGGCGGCGUUGCCGUGCGCUCCGCCCUCAAGCGCCCAGGCCUGGGUGAGCGCCGCGGCCCACAGCAUCUCGGAAGCAGUUUGCAUUUGUGAUACUUUUGAGGACCUUCCUAGAAAAAUGGAAAAACAGGAUCAAGUGCGUGAACAUACUCCUCGUGGAAGAGACUAAAAGAUUUGUGACAUUCGGAAGCACAGACUUUAUAAUACUACUACUAAAUCAGAUCCACUAUGAAUUGGAAUGUAACACCAGAGAGUGCUGCCAAAGCCCCGUCCUAUUCUAAAAGCCAGUCUAUACUGCAGCAGUUUUUAAUGACUCCCACAGCUUCUCAAAGCUCUUUCAGCUAUCCUGCCAUUAACCAGGAAGCAUGCAUGUAUCCCACUAAUUCAAACUCUGCUUCACAGCCACCUCUGAAUGGCAGAAGUUAUUUGUCUCCUCAGAGCUCUGUUUCUAAUGUGCAUAAUAGGACAGCGGCGGCCUCACAGUCCUCACUGCAAAGAGUCACGUGUGCAAAUGUUAAAGGACCCCAACAACAAAACCACAAUUUGCAAACAGUGUCAUCAGGAGCUAUGCCAAAUGGCUGGCUGAACCCAUCAGUGAGGAGUUUUAUGCCUUCUCAUACGGAAGCAGGCACAUCCCAUAACCCUGGUGGAGGGACUAAUAUGCCUUAUAUGCAUGCACCACAGAGUCCGCUUGUCCCAUUAGAUAGCUGUUCUGUGCAGCUACAAAUGACUCCUUCAAAUUCUUUAAAAGUUCCUAUAACAUAUCAAGGAAAUUAUCAAGGAAACCAAGGACUUACCCACUCUGUCAAUCAGCCAGAUCAACUGGUUGCCUGGACACAGUGCACAUCCAAUGAGCUCACUUACCCAGAGUACAGGCCUCCUCCAAAGCAGUGCCCUUACUCGCCACAAACCUUUGUACCGUCUACUACAUCAUUACAAGUCAAAAACAAUCAGUUUUCAACGUACACACAGGCCUUACAAACAAAGCUCCCUGUACCUGUGUCGUCAUACCAGUGUGCUGCAGAAACCAACAAAGGACUCUCCACCCUUCCUCACAGCUGUCGGUAUGGAAGCCCACAUGUGCAGAAUUCUCAGCUAGUUAAUAAACAGUUAUCUCUGGAAGUUCCUCAGAGUUCAGAAAUGCACUCACCUGAAAAAAAGAAAGAUCCUUACAGAGGCUUUAAACAGCAGUGGCAGCAGAACACUAAAGAAAAAAUCAACACCAUUGGAAAAUUCUGCGAGUUGAAAAUAAACACCAAACCAUCUUACAAUGAAUCUGUUGGCUCUUCUGGGGAUGGUAUUCAGACUUUUCUUCAAAAUAAUCAAGAGAAAAGAAAAUAUUCAUACAAUCCAAAUACAAAUCAAGCAAUAGACACAAACGUCACAAAAGAAAAGCUGGUGAGAGAUAUUAAAUCACUUGUAGAAAUCAAAAAGAAGUUUUCAGAACUUGCAAGAAAAAUUAAAAUUAAUAAAGGUCUUUUGAUGGCAGCUGGUUGUAGUAAAACAGCCAACACUUCUUACAUUGAACCAACUCAGCCUUCUGAGUUUUCAACAAGAGAAAUGUCUGCUAAAAGUGACAACCACUGCUCCAUGGAAUUGCUAGCAACAUGUCUUUCUCUUUGGAAAAACCAACCUCCAAAAACCACAGGAGAAAAUGUUCCAAAACCUGUAGAAGAAAAAGAUUGUAACACAUCAAGAGCCAGUGCUGUGGCGGUUGGCAGCUCAGGCGCCACAGAGGAAGUUGGAGCUUUUUGUUUGGGUGUUGGGGGUCCUCAGAAAAUGAUGAGCUCAUCACAGACAGCGUUGCCAGUUCUCACACUGAGCUACGACUCUUCAGUUGUAGCUGUUGGAAAAGCAACAGAGCUCCAGAUUGCUGUGGUGUCACCGUUAGUUCUUUCAGAUACCAGUGCCUUACCUGGGAAAGAGUUAGCAGCUCAAGUUUUACCUGAAACUGUGUAUCCAGUUGUUAAGGAAGGUAGUGUUCGUAGCUUACAAGACCAGCAGGCAGAAACUGCUUUGCCUUUUGAUGGUACGGGAGCGUUAGCAAGUAGUACCAUAUCAGCUGAGGUUUCUGUGCCUGCUCGUGAGCACAAGCCAACACAGGGUGAUCCAGGUGUAGUUGAUAGCAGCCUAAUAAAAACUUCUUCCCUGGGUGCUGAAGCUCUGCCUAAUCCGAGGGAUAGCACUGCUGUGAGCGCGCCCAUGUUACAGAUUGAAAGUAUCUGUUCUCUUGCAGAAGGUGAUGUAUCUUACAAUUCCCAGAUAGCGGAGAUAUUCAGCUGUGUACAAAAUGAGCCCCUGAAACCAUCACCUAAUCAGGUAAUUAAUAGUCAACAAGAACAAGUAGACACCACUGAAAAUAAAGACUUUAGUUUUCAGAAAGAUAAGUGUGUGCAGCUUAUAGAAGCUCCUCAUGAAGUAACUGAGCAGCCAGAGCCGCUGCAGCCUCUAGAGCCUGCAUUGUGUGACUAUGCCGAAGCAAACAGAGAAAUUCUAGAGGAAAGCUGCAAGGAGCACCCUGGUGGGAAGGAAAGCACAGCCAAGGAUAUGUGCUCAUCAGCUGCUGUGCAGCAGGACACUCACCCUCAGGAAACUGAUGAGGCCUCCAGUCUUCCUGCAGUAAGUGACGUUCAUGACGAAAACGAACCUGUCUCAUACCUCCAUGACCAGCUGUCAGAACUUUUAAGAGAGUUCCCUUAUGGCAUUGAAACUGUUCCCAGACAUAAAGUUUCUGUGGACCAACAAAAGACACACGAAAUCUUAGAAAAUCAAACUGGUAUUAAAACUGGUAACAUGUCUGGUGAUAGCACCGACCAAAUAAAAAUUACAGUAUUAAACUCUGAACAAAUCAAAGAAUUAUUUCCCGAAGAGGAUCAGGCUUGCGACUUAGACACAUCAGAAGAACCUGAGAAUAAAAAAGGUGUUGAGGGAGCAAAGAGCCCGUGUGACUCUCAGGCCCUCAGAGAAGAGAACCCUGACCCUGGAGAGUUGGACCUAGAGAAGGACACCAUUCAUUGCUGUGCAUUGGGCUGGCUGUCUAUGGUUUAUGAAGGCGUGCCACAGUGUCGUUGCGGUUCCACGGAAAAGGAAAGGAAAGACCAGAGUUCUUCAGACCUUAACAGUUGCAAACAAAAAGAGCAGUCCUGUGAUAGUGGAAUUACUGUUUUUGAAAUCAAUCCUGUUUCUAAUAACCCAAACACUCCCCUAGCUGAAGUGCCUGAGAAAGGCCAUUUUUCUGAAAUGCAUGGGGAAAAAAUAAAAACAUCCAAAACAGAAGACAGCAGUUCACCAGGGGUGGAACAGGAAUUAAACUGUGAUUUUUUAAUUAACUGCUAUAAAGAUAGACCAGGUACUUUAAAAAUAGAGCAUGUUAGCUCACAGAAAACGGAGCAAAAGCUAACAAAUGUUUCACCUAAAUGUGACACACCAAACCCCUCAAAAAGCAAUAAAGCAACAACCCCCAAAAUAUUUCAUGUGAUAACUUCCAACUCUGAUAAAAAUACACCAUCAUUUUCUAAACAAGUGUCUCAGGAGAGCCAACAGAAAAAACAGAUGUCCCAAGACUCAGGUCCAGUAAAAGCACAUGUAAGACUUUUGCCAAAUAAAGAUCUGUGCAGGAGGAAUAACUCUUCAACACAGUCAGUGUCACCAGAAAAGAAAAAAUUCAAAUUCAAAGCAGGUGGCUCUAGGCUGAGAUAUUUUGAAAAAAGAAAGAGGGACCACGUGAUUAGUCCAGAUAUGUAUAUAAAAAAGAAGAAAUAUGAGAAACAGGAGCAGGACAGAAAUGCUGGGGGCACACUCAAAUUGUGUAGUACCCUGACAGGAGACCCAAAGGAAAGAGCCAGUGUUAAAGAAAAGACAGUGCCGAGUUCUGAGUCCUUAGACUCCAAGGGUAGCUGCUCUAAGAGUGCUAGAGUUAUAACUGUGCAGGAAUAUUUACAACGCCAGAAAGACAAACGUGUAACCGGGAAUAAGGCGUCCAAAAACACCUGUGUAGAAAAUGUGCCAUGUGACUCUGAACACUUGAAGUCCAGUAAGCAUUCAGCACUAGCAAGCUCCGUCAAGUUAGUUGAGGGCCAGAGAGUCAGUGCAGAGGCCUCAAAAGAACCGGAACACAGUUCCACCACCCAUGGUAAAAGUGUGAAGACCCACCAUGCUGAGGAGUCUAGGACACAUGCUGUGUCAAGUAAAGGAAAACUUGGUUGGAAGAAGUCUGACAAAAACUGUAUUGAUAAAAAAAAGUUAGAAAGAUCGAUAAGUAGUGAGUCCAGCCAGGUAAAGGAACAAAGGAAACAGUACCUGAAUCGAGUUGCAUUCAAAUGUACAGAACAGGAAAGCAUAUGUCUCACCAAAUUGGACAGCGGAUUCAAAAAGCUUAGUAAAGAGGGGAAGAAGAGUACGGCAUAUGUUCCCAGGAUGAAAGACACAGACAAGCCCAGUAUGUUGGAGUUUAAAUUAUGUCCAGAUGUGAUAUUGAGGAACACAAGCUCUGUUGACAAGCAGGAUGCUCCAAAGCCUGGGCCUGGGAAGGAGCAAGCACCUCUGCAAGUUUCAGGAAUAAAAAGUACAAAAGAAGACUGGUUAAAAUGCAUCCCUACAAGGACAAAGAUGCUUGAAUCAAGUCAAGAAACAGAUCGUGCUGCUUCAAGACUCUCUAAGAGAAGCCUGAGUGCCAAUGAGUUUGAAACACUACAAAACCCAGUGAAAGACUCAGACGUCAUGUUCCGGACCUACAAAAAGAUGUACCUGGAGAAGAGAAGCCGCAGCCUGGGGAGCAGCCCAGUUAAAUAGUCGG